CACGCGUUUCUUUUGCAACGUCAAAAUAUUCACGGUGCGUUCGACGGCCUCUUCCUGCAUUCCAGGACACCAGGAUUUGACCAAUCAGAAGGCGUCUUAGUCUUAAGAACAAUUUAUGUUCCUUUCCAUUCACAGAAGAAAAUACGAUCCUGUCGAUAAGUUACCAACAAAAAGUUCGCGCAAUCAUUUGUUUGUUUGCAAUCAAAAUUAUCAACAAUUUCCAAAUAAUGUAACCCCAUUCUUAAUUAUUAACAAAAUUUCUUUGAUUAAUCUUAAAACUGUUCAUAUACUUCCUGAAGAAUAUGGAUAAUACUGGGGCUCCUAGAUUAAAAGAGAUUGAACGAUCCCGUUCGAAUUCUCCACGUGAAAGAAUUCGUAAUAAGGAACGUAAAUCUAAGAGAUCAACAAGUAAAGGAAAAGAUAUUUCUACACUGGGUAUGGCAUUCAAAAUAUUGCUUUUAAUUAGUUACUCUUAUAUGAUGGAUGAAAUAACUAUAUAUCAAGUAUUUUCAGAAAGAAGAAUCAGUGUCCCUAUAACACCUCAAAUGAUUUAUGAUUCUAUUAAGCAGUUGCAGACCAGACGAUUAUAUGUUGAUUUCUCAUUAAUAGUUGAACAUUUGUGCCGGUAUUAUCCAAUUGAAAAUGAUAAACGUAUUCUGGUUGUUGAAUUGAAAGAAAAGCUUGAUUGUGCUGUAUUGGCUGGGCUUAUUUCAAAAUGUGGAGUAGAUAAGUACUGUUUAUCAAAUUUGCGUGAACAAGCCAAUGCACAUAAGACUGCACUAAGUGUUUUUUGGGAAAAAUAUUAUCAAGUUAGCACUUCUCAUAUAUUUCUUAAUUUAAUAAAUUGCGACAUUGAUAAGAAAAUCGAUACUUUCAUAAUAAAAAUUCAAAUGACUUUUAGAAUGAGAUGUUACCAUUAAGAAAAAAAAGAAACACUAUGCAUUCACCAAGAGUGAGUCCCAACAACGAGAGUGAUUUUUCUAAUAGUGAUAGCAGCAGUCAUUAAUAUUAGAUUAAACAAAAUAUUUAGUAUGGAGCUGGCAAUGAAAAGUACAACAUUUUUUGCUCAAAAUUAACAUAAGGUGGAUGGCCCAGUCAUCAGCCAUGUACCAAUUAUCAUCUGUUGUGUUAUAAUACUAUAUAUUUUGCUAUAGUCAAAGCACACUGUGACAAUUACUGGCAGAUGGCCAAUGAUUGGGCCAUGCACUCUAUGUGAUUUAUAUAAAAAAGAAU